AUUCGGGCAAAUCGGCAACGCCGUCGAAUCCCCUCGAAACGUCUUUCCUCGUUGCCUCUUCGCUGGUUCAGCGCCCAUCCUGGCUCCCUUCCAUUCCGUUCUGUCCCAUUCCCAUUCAUUGGUUGGCACCGUUUCAAUCGUAAAAUCGUUACUACGCCCGAAAAUCUCUUUCGAUUCUCGAGCCGCUCGCCCGCUGAAAAAGGUCUCAGGUUUCAGUUCAGUUUCUCGGCGUUCUUCCAGCAAACAAUGGCUUCGUAUCUGACUGGUGUCGUUGCAGUUUUGUUCGUUGUCAAUGCAGCGAACGGUUUGACUUGCUACAGCUGCAAUUCCAAAGACAGCACCUCCUGCAAAUGGGGCUUAGCCUCGUUUACUUACAACACCCAAGAGUGCACCAGCGCCGGUGUCUUGGACUCGGUGAUCACGCCUAAAUGCUACAAAAUCACCGGUCAAAACAAAGACGGCAAGGAGUACAUAGCCAGGGGCUGCCUCCCGCCGGCCACCGUGGGCUGCUCGGCCAUCUCCAAAGCCGUGGGAUGGCUCUCAUCGCAGGCCAGCGACGAGCCCGACAGCCUGCAGAACCUGAGCUGCGAGACCUGCGAGACCGACAAGUGCAACUCGGCAACCAGCCUUGCAGGAUUCACCUUCGUCGGGGUGCUGCUGUCCGCUGUGGCGUUCGCGCUCUAAGUUAAAACGCUUGGGGUGUCCUUAUUAGGGUAGUUUUAGAUGUAACGAGCGAGCUAAAUGUUAAGUUGAUCGGUGUUCGAAGAGGGCUGUUGAUUGGGCUGUGUGGAAUUGUAUUCAAACGGGCGCGAUUUGUUUCAAAUUGUUUUGAUGGGGGAAAGAUCGGUUAUCUGGGAAAGCCCAAUCGAUAAUUUGCUAGCUAGUAAUUCGCACUUUUCGCUUGGUAUUCACUGCAAAACUCUAAUCUCGAAGAAUAAUUUAUUUUAUUGCCCUUUUAAAUUUUAACGAAUCGACCUCGUAUUACUUAUACGAGGCGCGAUUGGUAUUUUGUUGGAAAGUUCGCCACAGAGGUUUAUUUUUUACGGGAACAGAUGCUGUUACGGGUUUUACUGAUAACAAAUAUUUUCUUGUUGAUAAAGUGGGAUCAUAGUAAUAUAUAGUUUUGAUAAAAAAUGAAAAUACUGUUUUUGAUCUUGUAUAGAGAAUUUUAUAAAAAGUUUUGAAUCUUGAUUAUUUUUUCGGUCUAAAUACGAACAUUCCGCGCUUUCGAUGGUACUGUUAAAAAAACGAGCGUAUCUAGAAAUACAUUAGAUGAUAAGUGCAUUAAAUUUUAUUCAAUUCAUUUUCGAAAUAUUUAACAUUUUCUUGUAUUAUUUACGUAAUGAUUUAUAAAAUUUUUAUUUUGAAUUUGAGUUAAUUUUUACUAUUGUUACUUACCGUUUUAUACAUUUUUAUCUUCUUAUUAUGUGUUUGUUGAGCUUUAUUAUCGCCGUGAAUGUGAAAAUAAAUAAUUUUUAAAAAACUCCAACCAUGUUUCAACUUAAAUUUAUUAAUCUGACGAAUAUCAAAUAAAUAUUGACUAGAAACUUCAAUACAAACGAAUAUGGCCCGCAAUAAACGAAUACUGCUUGAUAUUAUCACGAAGAAAUAAAUAAUAAUAGUGUGGAAAUUUUUACAGUUAUUCAUUAUUUAUAAAAUACUUUCGGCCGGUUUUCCCAUAGAGAAUAAAUCGAGUAAUAAUCGAACUGUAAAUUGUAGAAUUUCCAGUUUUAGAACAAUCCCCGGAUGCUUCAAACUGUUUUGCGCAAGCGCACAAAACUCAAGAACGUAUUUUAUUCCGAGUGGGAAAAACCAGGCCUCUUGAAUUCCUACCGAAAAAUAGAACAAGACCUACAAAACUACAAAAACCGAGUAUUUUUAUAGAUCCACAAGUAUCACAAUUGCGUGUAGAAGUUUCAAAUAAAAAUUAACCAGUUGUCGAUUUUCUUUUUUUCGGCAAGAACUUAACAUACUAAAAUAGUUCUAAAUCUAGGUAUAUCACACUGUAUAUCAUCUUAUUUAAUAGUAUUUAAGUGCUUAUAAAAUGAUGAGAUAAGAUACUAUAUGUAGAUAUGUAUUAAGUUUAAUUUGCUUUCAUUUGUGAUGUUGAAAGUAGAUUGCAUGUGGAAUGGCAUGAAAUGAUAAACUACAAAUAUACGCAGGGAAAAUACAAAAAAAAAAUAUGGGCAAGUGCAAAUUUGUUUUCAAUAUACUCAAUUCUAUGAGUUGAACAAAGAAAGAUGAAUAGAAUAACAGUUAGUAGAGUGAGAUAGUUGCAAUCUCCCGAUAUCACUAUUUCUUUUUCCUUUACAUGAAUGAAUAAAUAGAAGUUGUCUUUGUUGCUCUCGUAUUGCUAACAAAUUUGCACUUAUGUGCAUAAGAAAAUACAAAUAGGCGAAAACAAAUAGAAGGGUUUAAGUACAACAAUUUCAAUAUACAGAGUGUUCCAUUGGUAAAUGUACAAACCUUCGACUCGUCGAAACACCCUUAUAAAAACAAAAAAAAAACGACCAACAAAAUAUAUGUACAAAAGUAUUAAACAAAAUAAAAUAAAACCCCAAAGGUUUUGUAAAUUAAAAAUUGAGCAAUUCAAUUGAGUAAUCGUAAUCAUCCGCGAUAAAGUUGUAAAUUUAAAUUGAGCAAUCGGCGCGUUUUAGAGGAACGUUUACUAAAUUUCCUUUCGAGAUAUUUCACGACGGAAAUUUCCAAAUAAAUUCAAAUCAAAUCACAAACGUGAAGUGGCAUUCGUAAGAUACGCUAAAUCGUAGAAACGUGUUGAUAUUACUUUAUAAAACUCGUAGAAGCUACGAGGGACAUUCCCAAGGUUCAUGUACACAACAUCAUGCAUACUAAGCAGAAUCCUACCGAGGAAAUUCGUUAUGCAGAAAUUAACUCGACCGAAGAAACGAUUCUACAAUACAGACAAAAAAAUUAAUAAACUUUCAUUUCAAAUUAUCACAAGAAAAUAAAUUACUACAAUACACCGUGGUCAAUAUACAAGUGACCGGUUUGUGUACUAUCGAUACUUAUCAAACACCCCUCGUAUUUCAUAUCAUAAACAUUCAAAACACAAACCAAUCAGUUAUACAUCGUCUACCUUGUACAGCAUUUUGGAAACCACACAGAGGAAUAAUUACAACAAAUUACCUUCGGUGGUGGAGUUCGAUUCGAGCCGCUUGAGCAACCGAUCGGCCUCGUUCAGAGGGAUCACAUCGAAAUAUCCGCUGGAAUUGUCGUAACACGUGUACGCCCCGCCGUCCUGCUUGAACAACAGCCCCAGCACCACGUUCAAAGCUGAGGCGUCGUAGCCGUGACAGCCCGAGUACCUGUACUGCGGCUUCUUGUCGAACUUACAGCCGGCCGAUUGGGCCCCCACGGGGAAGAUGCAGUCCUGCGUGAGGGCGCACUGCACCCAGGGAAGCAUCACUUGCCGAUGGACGAUGGGAGUGUUGACGAUUAACAAAGCGUCGGAUUUCACCUGGGGUAAUGCGAGAGAUGUAAUUGGGGCAUUUUUAUAAUGCGAGCGACUUACCAUUUCGAGGAACAGGAAAUUAUCGGCGUCGGUGAGGAAAUAUUCGAACAUCUUCUUGUGCGUGAGGCUGGAUACGGGAUUUUUGAGGUCCAACGGCCAGGCGAGCACGCCCGAUUUCAACGCCCUGUCUUCGAACAGUUUCGUUAUCACGUUGUGGGACAAUCGGUAGUUCGAUUCGAGGAAGAAAACGGCGCCGGUGUGUUGCAG